UUCGGUACAGAACAAAAAUAAUAACUUGCUAGAUUUCUUUUUACAUUACCAUCAUUAGGAGGGAAAGUAUGGAUUUCUUUAAAGAAGUAUUUCGAGCUGCAUUUGUUUUACCGUUUUCGGCCGGUAAUGUAGACGAGGAGAAUGGUUCACAUGACGGCAGCCUGGCAGGACUUUUACUGAUGACUACUUCAAUAGCUAUCCUCUCUGAGAUACUGAUGAUUGGGUUUUCAACUAACGAGACUAUUUCGUCUAAAUUCAGCGUUGGACUAGCAGUCUUAACGUUUCUAUCUGCUCUAGCAAUUGUAAUUUGCGUGUGUAUCAGUUUAUACGUGUCAUCAAGAGGGAACCGUGUGUUUCGUAUUUUACCAUGGAAUACAUGUAAUACAAUAAGACUAAGGUUUUUGUGGAUUUUUUGUUUCAGCUGUAUUAUUUCGAGAACAUUGGACAUGACCUUUUAUAUUGAUUGUCUAACUAACUCAUUGACAUUGAAAUUUACAGUAGACACUAUAGUAUAUGCUCUGGUCUGUAUAGUAUUCUACGUUGUACAAACUGCAUUUAUAACAUAUUUUUCGCAUUCUCGAUUCACCAGCCACCUUGGUGUUUAUUAUGGAUUACUUAUUAUAUUCCUAACAAAUAUUUCAGUUAUAUGUCAUGCCUUGGCUUUUACUUUUAAACCUAAGGAGAUUGACAUGGUUGACAUUUUUAAUUUGACGACAAAUACCCAACAUACUUCGAGUAAUACAUCUUGCUACAAGUCAAGUAUGUACGCGGUAUUGAUGAAGAUUGAUCCUUUCUUGUUACCGGCAUUUUGUGAAUAUUCGCUUGUUUCCAUAACGUUUAUUAUGAAUAUGUGGCCAAAAUUUGGAUUAAAAAAUGACGAAUUUGUGCUUGAUGAUAUUUCACUUGACGUAAACAGAGAAACGUCAGAGUCGACGAGCAAUUUAAGAGGAUCGAUAAAUGGUAGGUCAGAUUCGACAAAUAACAGGCGGAAUAAUGAAAACAUUCCUUUAUUAGACAACCCUAAAAGCACAACAAACUACAGACAACACCGUAUAAGAAGAUUUAUAAGCAUAUCUGUUCCUAUUCUUCUUAAUUUGCCAUCAGUUAUAUUAUACUGUUUACACAUUUCAAAAGUUCCAUCUGUACAAUUAGGCUUAACAAUAUCAAUUGCUGUAGGAGCUACUAUUGAGCUGCUUUUGUACGUGAAAUGCUUUUACUCUCUUCAGACGCAAUGUAAACCAUUGAAACAAAAGGAAUGUUCAUCUCUUGAUUCUGGUGAUUACAUUCUAAUUGCAAGUGCGGUUGCAGCAAUAUCAUAUUACACGGUAAAACUGAUGUCAAAUAUUUACAAUGUUAGCUCUGAAGCUACAUAUCCUAUAGGUUUUUAUAAACUUGUUAUUGAUAUCAUCGCAGCUUAUUUUCAAACGGUUUUCAUUUUACAAAUGAAAAAAUAUGCGAAGGCCUUUAAUAUUUCCUCAUGGACGUCGGUUGAAUAUACAUGUUUAUUAAUGUCUUUUAUGAAUUUAUGUUCAUGGGCGGCUGAUACUCUAAUAGUUUCACAAUAUGUUUACCAAAAUGACGCACCAUAUCAUUUCUUUGGGUCAUCUGACUGGACAGAAAUCUUUGGAUUUUUAUACCCAUUUGUAAUCUUUUACAGAUUCAAUGCUUUUGUUUCCUUUUAUGGUUUGUAUGAUAGAUUGAAACAUUAAUUCGUCUUCAAUAGAUGGCGGCACUAUUUGAUCACAUACAUACUUGGUUUUAUCAACGUUUGAAAAACCAUGAAUUAACAAUGUCAUACAUUAAAAGGAUAAAUACCAGGAAUGACCAAAAAAAAUCGCUUUCAUGUAGGACUUUGUACUGAAUCUUAACAUGAGGGUUAUUAUAUUUCAUAUUCACUUUCUGUCUAUGCGAAGAAGAGUUUAUAAUUUCCGAGGUUCUGUUUUUAAAUUUCACAAAGUCAAGGGCAAGACCUUAAACACAAACAUUAGGUCCGAACUGAAAAAUCUAAUAAACAAUAAUUGUCUUAUCAUACGUUGGUACAGUACUUCAUCAAAAGAAUGACGCUUUACU